GGCCUGAGCUGGCAGAGAUGGACCUUCGAAAAGCCAGGGUCCUCCCAGCUGGGCACUACUGCCCCUCGCUAGGAAUACGGGCCUCGCAGGCCGGCAGCGUGAGGUUCUCUGUGCCACCUUCCAUCAGCAGGAACCCGGCAAUGGUGAACGAAGCCAGAGGAAACGGCAGCCUGAACCCCUGCUUGGAGGGAAGUGCCAGCAGUGGCAGCGAGAGCUCCAAAGACAGUUCGAGAUGUUCCACCCCGGGCCUGGACCCUGAUCGGCAUGAGAGACUCCUGGAGAAGAUGAGGCGACGAAUGGAAUCUGGUGACAAGUGGUUCUCCUUGGAAUUCUUCCCUCCUCGAACUGCUGAGGGAGCUGUCAACCUCAUCUCAAGGUUUGACCGGAUGGCGGCAGGCGGCCCCCUCUUCAUAGAUGUGACCUGGCAUCCAGCAGGUGACCCUGGCUCAGACAAGGAGACCUCCUCCAUGAUGAUCGCCAGCACCGCCGUGAACUACUGUGGCCUGGAGACCAUCCUGCACAUGACCUGCUGCCAUCAGCGCCUGGAGGAGAUCACAGGCCAUCUGCACAAAGCCAAGCAGCUGGGCCUGAAGAACAUCUUGGCGCUGCGGGGAGACCCCACAGGUGACCAGUGGGAAGAGGAGGAGGGAGGCUUCAACCACGCGGUGGACCUGGUGAAGCACAUCCGAAGUGAGUUUGGUGACUACUUUGACAUCUGUGUGGCAGGGUACCCCAAAGGCCACCCUGACGCAGAGAGCUUUGAGGCUGACGUGAAGCACUUGAAGGAGAAGGUGUCUGCCGGAGCCGAUUUCAUCAUCACGCAGCUUUUCUUUGAGGCGGACACAUUCUUCCGCUUUGUGAAGGCGUGCAGCGACAUAGGCAUCACUUGCCCCAUCCUCCCCGGGAUCUUUCCCAUCCAGGGCUACCACUCCCUUCGGCAGCUUGUGAAGCUGUCCAAGCUGGAGGUGCCACAGGAGAUCAAGGACGUGAUCGAGCCCAUCAAAGACAACGAUGCUGCCAUCCGCAACUAUGGCAUCGAGCUGGCCGUGCGCCUGUGCCGGGAGCUUCUGGCCAGCGGCUUGGUGCCAGGCCUCCACUUCUAUACCCUCAACCGUGAGGUGGCCACCACAGAGGUGCUGAAGCACCUGGGCCUGUGGACUGAGGACCCCAGGCGUCCCCUGCCCUGGGCUCUCAGCGCCCACCCCAAGCGCCGAGAGGAAGAUGUACGUCCUAUCUUCUGGGCCUCCAGACCAAAGAGUUACAUCUACCGCACCCAGGAAUGGGAUGAGUUCCCCAACGGCCGCUGGGGCAAUUCCUCCUCCCCUGCCUUUGGGGAGCUGAAGAACUACUACCUCUUCUACCUGAAGAGCAAGUCUCCCAGGGAGGAGCUGCUGAAGAUGUGGGGGGAGGAGCUGGCCAGUGAAGACAGCGUCUUCGAAGUGUUUGUUCACUACCUCUCGGGAGAGCCAAACCGGAAUGGCCACAAAGUGACUUGCCUGCCCUGGAACGAUGAGCCGCUGGCGGCUGAGACCAGCCUGCUGAAGGAGGAGCUGCUGCGGGUGAACCGGCAGGGCGUCCUCACCAUCAACUCGCAGCCCAACAUCAACGGGAAGCCGUCCUCCGACCCCAUCGUGGGCUGGGGCCCCAGCGGGGGCUAUGUCUUCCAGAAGGCCUACUUAGAGUUCUUCACUUCCCGUGAGACAGCGGAAGCGCUUCUGCAGGUGCUGAAGAAGUACGAGCUCCGGGUUAAUUAUCACCUUGUCAAUGUGAAGGGUGAAAACAUCACCAACGCCCCUGGGCUACAGCCGAACGCCGUCACUUGGGGCAUCUUCCCUGGGCGAGAGAUCAUCCAGCCCACCGUAGUGGAUCCCGUCAGUUUCAUGUUCUGGAAGGACGAGGCCUUCGCCCUGUGGAUCGAGCAGUGGGGCAAGCUGUAUGAGGAGGAGUCCCCGUCCCGCGCAAUCAUCCAGUACAUCCACGACAACUACUUCCUGGUCAACCUGGUGGACAAUGACUUCCCACUGGACAACUGCCUGUGGCAGGUGGUGGAAGACACACUGGAGCUUCUCAACAGGCCCACCCAGCAUGAGAGGGAGGCAGAGGCUCCGUGACCCUGCGUCCUGAUGACCUGCGCUGCAGCCACUCCUGUCCCACCUGCCUCCUUUACAGGGCUGCUUCUCUUGGGAACCCACUCCCCUGCAUGUCUCCCCCACACCUGACCUCCACUCCCCCGCCUGACGACGGCAGCUGGACUGGAGUGAGGCUCCCAGGCUCUGGCUGGACCAGAGUCGGCCUCACAUGGGAACCUGGUACUCCCUGCUCUAGUUGGGAGUCUGUGUACUUUUGGUGGGAGCACUUCCGUCCUGCAGAGGACCACAGUGGGUGGCACCCCCUGAGAAGGGGAGGAGAGUGAUUGUUGCCAGCCAAGCCCUCGAACCAAGGCAGCCUCCAGAGCCAGCCUGGGACUCCCAGUGAACUUACACUUGGGGCCACGCAGUGCAGGCAAAACAUACACGGGCACCAGGUGUUGGUAGCAUCUUAGAGAAGAUGUGGCAAAGUGCUGCACGCUUCGACCUCCUAGAGGUGGGCAGCUGGGCCCCACCUACUUGUGACUGGAGGGGCACACCACUGCCCUGCCUGCCUGCUUAGCCGUCUCUGGCACCAGCCCUGUGGAUGGGCGUUGGGCUGACACCUAACGAUGCAGGCAUUUCUUGCUGUAUUCUAAGAGCUCAGCUGGGUUCCUCCCCUUCCUACCAUGCUGCUUUUUGGCACAGUUGUCUAUUCUGAGCCUUGAGAGAAAAAGUGCCCCAUAAGGGUUGAAGGCAGUCUGAACCCUUGUGCUCAGUGGGGGUUGUGGCCUUCCCUUUCUCCCUGGCUGUGGAGGCCUCAUGCUGCCCCAUUUGCUAUCAAAGGCCAGGAUGAGAUUCUCCAGCACAGGGGCCCCGGAUCUGCCUGGGGCUGUGCAGCAGCCCGGCUUCCUGGCUGAUUUUUCAGGUAGGCCCUCUUCCUGCCAGCUGCCCUUGCUGUCCCCUCAUCCUGUCCCAGAGGCUAUCUGCCUGGCCCGGCUCCCCAGGAGUCCUGCAAGCCCCAUGGCCCGCGGGCAGUGACUGCCAGGUGCAGAUGGGCUGUUCUCUGUCUUGGAUCCCAGCAUGCCAGGUGGAGUGGGAUGGCCCAGAGCAGCCUGAUGGCAGAGGGUGUGGGCACAGUUGGGGGACUCCCUUCUCAGCCUCACUGCCUGGUGCAGAGGGGCAGCCGCUAGGAGAGAUAGAAGGCUGGGUUCAGUUCUGUUUUUUAUUCUAUGGGAACAAGUCACAGGGGCAGCUGGGCCCUGUGCUCUGCCCAAGCCCCCUACCCCACGGGGUUAAGGCUUCCUGUCUGCUCUCGGGGCGUUAAGGCCUGGCUUGCUCCAGGGUCUUGGGCUACUGGCACAUCCUCUCCUUGGGCUCCUGGCUGCCAGGUGCUGGUGCCACUUCUCAAAGGCCUGGAACUGGGGAGGGGAGGAAGUGCUAUUGUUGUGGGCGCCCUCCAGGAUCUGCGCUGUUCCUGUUAGAGCUGUGAAGCUGUGCUCAGAGUGGAGCAAAUGAGGGAGGGGCGCUCAGGACCCAGGCCCUCUGUAGGCCAGUGUGGGUGGCAGCUAUGCCUCAUGCCAAGCCUUCUUCCCAAACUGAGGGACCGGGUGGGAUGGGCCUGAGCUGGGGCCACAAGUCAAAUCAGGGGCUCCAGCAUCCAGCCUGUGUGUUCUGUAAGGGAACUGACCCCUCCCCUGAAAGUGAAGGGGUCCUGGGGCUGACAAACAGGGAAACCCAGCUCUGCGGCGCGCGUUGGUGGCACAGGCUUUUGGGAGGGCUGACUGGGUGGAAUGGAGAGAAGAAGUCAGUACCUGGGAAAGGACCCAGCCAUCUUCUUGCCGCUGUAACCGCUAAGCCACUCCCAGUUGCAGGAUCCGCUGUUGCCACGUCCGCCGGGCCCAUCUCAGGUGCCACUCCCUGAGCUGUGGGGACAGUUGGUGGAGAAGGCCUUUUGUGCCCAUGCUCCCCUACAGUCCCUAGCCCUUCUGCCUUUCUCCUCCUGCACCUCUGUGGUCCCACAGUAAAAGGCUGUGACAAGGGGG